AUGGAGGUAUCCGACGAGGCAACCUAUUCAUCUCCGACUGAGCUCGUUGCAAAUCUGCACCAACGUGCAGAUGCACUAUUGCGAGAAUUUCGGUGCUAUCAAGAGCAUCUCAAACUGCGCCGAAAACAACAAGAAGUCGAGCUCCGGGCAUUCAAGCGGGGCAUCGAGUCAGAGGUUAAGACUCUAGAGAAGCUAAGGCUUGUAUUUGCGAGUCCUGAUGGAUGCCCUUCUGCCAGCGACCAGCAGGCCCAAAGUCCGCAAUUGCACGCGUUGAGGAGUUCGAAUCUUCCGUUUUAUGAAGCGGUUUGGGACGUGGCCAAAUCGAGCCACUGCAUCACAUCCCUAGGCAAGAAAAUGCACCCCCCACGAAACGGCUGCGGCGCUCAAGCAAGAUCUGGGGGCGGAAAUUCAGAAAGUCAGGUUGCGGAGCCUGGAGAUGUUCGCAAGCAAGGGGUUGUCGUGGACAUUGUCGCUCGCAACGGCCUAGAAUGGAUCAAAGUCUCGACUUUGACGGAGAAACGGCUUCUAUUCGAGAUGGCGAAGGAAGGCUGGGAACGUUAUGGCAAUGCUAGUGAUUGCAACGGAGCAGAUGGCGAUGAGGAUGGCGGACAGGAUGUUGAGGACAGACCCAGCAAGCUCGAGCUCGUGCGCCUGGCGGAAGAUCUUAGGACCGCUGCACAAGGAACGAGAGUACUGUUCCGCCAUCCACAGAUUCGAUUCGUCCUACCGAAGAUUCGCGAAGGCGUGCUUGCGGAUGUGGACGCCUUUCUUGCCGAUUUGCGCGCAACUGGUACGGUUGUGCAGUGCAGCAACGAGGUGAACAACUUUCGCGAGCCCACGCACCUUGAUCUCGACAGGCUGAUGCCUACCUCGGCGAAUGGGCCCUUGACACCAACCAUCAAUGUGGACUGUACCAUACUUCUAGCUCUGGUAUCGGAUAUCUCUCACCUUUCUCGCGAUCAGCUACGGUCUGAUGCGAUUGGCAAGUCCCAACCCUAUCACCGCAAGUCCCAACCCUAUCACCGCAAGUCCCAACCCUAUCACCGAGCAAUCAUGAGUCAAAUUGAAGCCGAAGAGUCAGCGCCUAUACUACCGAGCGAGAUAUACCCUCUCUUUGCUAAUCGAAAUCUGGAAUGUACUUCGCAUGCCGCCCAGCGGAUGAGGGAAAUCGUUGGGAUCAUGGCGACGUCGAGUGAACGAAAGCGUGCAGAGGUCCUCUUAGGCGAGGGUCAUUACAAAGAUCAGCCAGCAUCAGCCCUGAGGCAGGCUUUUGGCGAGCAGUCCUUGCACCAUAUCCCGCAAGAUCUACGGCUCCCUGUCAGAGUCAUCGACAUCGACAUCGACGGGCACGAAGUCGUGUCGUCAGGCCGUGAUCUCAUGGCAGUGGAUGCUCGCUUCUGCCAAGCAUUCCCUGCCUCCAUUGCUGCCCGCGCGAAGGACUCGCUGCAUCUCACUCCCAUAAACGCCUCGUCAUUUCUCUAUGGCUGGGCUCGGCAGAUCACGACGGUUACGAGCAACCGCGCGGUAGCCAGCGGGCUUCUCAGAGCGAUCAAUGAGAUUCUAGACGCGGACGAGCGUCAGGGCAGUGGCUCCGACGCGGAAUUUGUCGGUCCGCUUAUCUACACCUGCGAGACUGCAAGGAGCUUGAUAGGGAAGGCGAAGUUCAAGUAA